CUUCUCAAACUGAGUGAAGCAGAAGUAUCUGCAGAUGCCUGUGGGUAGAUGUGUAUAAAGUUGUGGUUGUAGACAAGUGGACAGAUAGGAAGAUAAGUGGCUAGAUGGACUGAUAGAUAAAUAAGUGGGUGGUUGUAUGGAUUGGUGGUGGAUAGGUUGGGAAAUAAAGGGAUAACUGGAUGGAUAUAUGACUGGAUGAAUAAAUGGGUAGAUUUAUCAGAAGUGGAUAGAGGAUAGAUAAGUGAAUAUGUAAAUGAACAGAUGGAGGUAUAGAGGACAAAUGGACAGAUGGGUGAAUUAGCUACAUGGGUAGAUUGAUGGAUUUAUGAACAAGAUGGGAGUAAACUGGUAGAUGGUUAAUGGAAUCAUGGAUGCAUAAGUGAAUGAAAGGGAAGGAUAAAGUGGGUACAUAAAUGAUAGGCAAAGCUAUGGAUAGAUGGACAGAUGGAUGGAGGAUUGAUACCUGUGGAUAGGUUGGCAAAUGGUUAAGUAUACGAUCAAACAUACAAAUGGAUGAGUGGGUUGGUGACUAAAUGGACAGAUGGGUGGGUAGAGGAAUGGGUGGGUGGAAGAAUGGACAAAUCAGGAGUGUAGUUAAGUGAGCAAAUGGAGGAGGACUUCAUAGAGGGAUGAAUGGAUUGAAAGGCUCCACUGCUCUACCCUGCUGCACCACACCACACACCUUUAGUUACUUAAGCAUCCUACCAGGUCCUAUCUAUGCCAGCCCCUUUCACAUCACUAUCAAGUUGGGAUAACUAUCUGACAACUGAGGAAACUAGCAAGUCACUAUCGUGCAGCAAGUCUGGCAAAGCUGGGAUUAGAACUCACCUAAGUCUGCCAGAGGCAUUCUCUACUCAAGUGUUCUGUUACCUAGAAGCUGAAAGGCCUGGAAAGAUGACGCGACUGAGGCCCAACCAGAUUUGUAGGAGGCGGAGUCUCCCCAGGGUCCCUCUAGAGCUGUCCUAGGGGAGGGGGCUCUGACAGCCACAGAGGCCCCUCCCUCCCGGCUACUCGCUCCAUCUCCGGGCAAGCUCCGAGGGGCGGGGGAGAGUGGUGGAGGAGCAGAAAAAACUCCGGCAGCUCUGCAGAGGGGGCAGGAGCUCCGGUGGUUGAUACCCCCAGACCCAACCGCUGUGGCUGCUGCUGCAGCGGGGACACAGACACCUCCCCGGUUGGUUUCCUGGUCUGGUAGCCCAAGGCUUCGCCAAGCCCCCACCAUCCUCGAGAUAGUAGCCACAGUCUCCUAAACGCCACCCCCCCCAAGUCUCCGUAGGCCUGGGGAGCCUCAGGAUGGCGGCAGGCGUGGCCACAUGGCUGCCCUUUGCACGGGCCGCAGCGGUGGGCUGGCUGCCCUUAGCCCAGCAGCCCCUGCCCCCUGCACCCGGGGUGAAGGCAUCUCGAGGGGAUGAAGUUCUGGUGGUGAACGUGAGCGGCCGGCGCUUUGAGACCUGGAAAAACACACUGGAUCGCUACCCAGACACUCUGCUGGGCAGCUCUGAGAAGGAAUUCUUCUAUGAUGCUGACUCGGGCGAGUACUUCUUCGAUCGUGAUCCAGACAUGUUCCGGCACGUGCUGAACUUCUACCGCACUGGCCGGCUGCACUGCCCUCGGCAGGAGUGCAUCCAGGCCUUUGAUGAAGAGCUUGCCUUCUAUGGCCUGGUCCCAGAGCUUGUGGGUGACUGCUGCCUUGAAGAGUACAGAGACCGCAAGAAAGAGAACGCCGAGCGCCUGGCGGAGGAUGAUGAGGCCGAGCAGGCAGGGGAUGGCCCAGCCCUCCCGGCAGACAGCUCCCUGCGACAGCGACUCUGGCGGGCCUUCGAGAAUCCACAUACUAGCACAGCGGCACUUGUUUUCUACUACGUGACUGGCUUUUUCAUAGCUGUGUCGGUCAUCGCCAAUGUGGUGGAGACCAUCCCGUGCCGUGGCCCUACGCGGCGGCCUACGAGAGAGCAGCCUUGCGGUGACCGCUUCCCCACGGCCUUUUUCUGUAUGGACACAGCCUGUGUACUCAUAUUCACAGGUGAAUACCUCUUGCGGCUUUUUGCCGCCCCCAGCCGUUGCCGCUUCCUACGGAGUGUGAUGAGCCUCAUCGACGUGGUGGCCAUCCUGCCCUACUACAUUGGGCUUUUUGUGCCCAAGAAUGAUGAUGUCUCUGGUGCCUUUGUCACCCUGCGUGUGUUCCGUGUCUUCCGAAUCUUCAAGUUCUCUAGGCACUCCCAGGGCUUGCGGAUUCUGGGUUACACACUCAAGAGCUGUGCCUCUGAGCUGGGCUUUCUUCUCUUUUCCCUCACCAUGGCCAUCAUCAUCUUUGCCACUGUCAUGUUUUAUGCUGAGAAGGGCACCAGCAAGACCAACUUUACAAGCAUCCCUGCUGCCUUCUGGUAUACCAUUGUCACCAUGACCACACUUGGAUAUGGAGACAUGGUGCCUAGCACCAUUGCUGGCAAAAUUUUUGGAUCCAUCUGCUCACUUAGUGGUGUCUUGGUCAUUGCCCUGCCUGUGCCAGUCAUUGUGUCCAACUUUAGCCGCAUCUACCACCAGAACCAGCGUGCUGACAAGCGCCGAGCACAACAGAAAGUGCGCCUGGCGAGAAUCCGGUUGGCAAAGAGCGGUACCACCAAUGCCUUCCUGCAGUAUAAGCAAAACGGGAGCCUUGAGGACAGUGGCAGUGGGGAGGGACAUGUGCUAUGUGUCAGGAGCCGGUCUGCUUUUGAGCAGCAGCAUCAUCAUUUGCUGCACUGUCUAGAGAAGACUACGUGCCAUGAGUUCACAGAUGAGCUAACCUUCAGUGAGGCCCUUGGCACUGUCUCGCUGGGUGGUCGAACCAGCCGUAGCACCUCAGUGUCUUCUCAGCCAAUGGGGCCUGGCAGCCUUUUAUCAUCCUGCUGCCCUCGCAGGGCCAAGCGCCGGGCCAUCCGUCUUGCCAACUCCACUGCUUCGGUCAGCCGAGGCAGCAUGCAGGAGCUAGACACACUGGCAGGGCAGCAGAGGAGCCCUGCCCCUCAGAGCCGCUCAAGCCUCAAUGCCAAGCUCCAUGAUAGCCUUGACCUGAACUGUGACAGCCAGGACUUCGUGGCUGCCAUCAUCAGUAUCCCCACCCCUCCUGCCAACACACCAGAUGAGAGCCAACUCUCCUCCCCUGGUGGUGGCAGUGGCAGUGGUGGUCGAGCCAGCAGUACCCUCAGGAACUCCAGACUGGGUACCUCCUGCCUCCUCCCGGAGACUGUUAAGAUCUCUUCCCUGUGAGGGGUGGGCCUGCUCAUUCAGAGGGCUCUUUUUACUCCUGGGGACUCCUUUCCAAAGCCAUAUUUUAGGGAGGCAAAGAGGGAUAGGUCUGGGGAUCCCUUAUGCUCCCUGCUAAGUACUAUGCAAUGGAGUUUCAUGGAAUGGCCCAUCUGAGGGGGAAGUAGCUAGAGAACAGAAAACUUCCUCCAGUCCAGAUAGUUCUCCUGAUGGGAGCUGAAGCACUGGAAUUCCAUGCGCCCCUGGCCUCCUUGCCCCAGCAUGCUGGGCUGGCCCCUUUCUUCCAGCUGGCUUCCUGCAUGCUUCUCCCCUUGGGCCCUCAGAGGCAGGUUAAAGCUUCCUGUAGUUUAACACCCAUAUUCUGGCCUAGCAAGAGGAAUUGGGAAUUGGGAGUCCCUCUUCUCUUUGGCUAUGCUAUGCAAGUUUUGGGGUUCAGAGAUGGGAACUCUCACCUCUAAUCUAUCCUCUAGGGGGCAAGGUCUUUGCCCUUCACCAGGCCCAGCAAUUCCAUAUUCCGAAGCUUGGAAUGCUUAAUGGGCUGUGGGCUGGCUUAAUGGGCUGUGGCCUCUGCAGUGACCUGCCACCCCAAGCCUUUGGCUGAGGGGUCAGACUGCUUCCAACACACAAAUAGCACAAACACUACCACUGACUUCCUUGGCUGCUGGAAAUGGGUUCUUGCUACUUGUCCUCUGCUGGGCCUCCAGCAAACUCUAGCAAUAGCAGCUGUUGCUGUGACAAUAUGCAAAGCCUCAGACCAGUUUGCUGUAGCAUAUACAUUUGCCCUAAUCAGAUGGGCCACCUUUAAUACUUGCUUCUCUGGUGUGUUUCCUUCCUGGGUUGAGCUGGAGUCUGGACCUGGUGAGAUAAGAGCCUGACAGCCAGCAAGAGCUGGGUGGGUUUGGAGAUCAUGGACUGAUUCUAUAUUCUUGGGCAGGAGUCCAGAAUGUCAUGGUCAGAGACCUGGGUUGUUCCUGAAUCCUGGGAAGGCUAGAAGGGACUUCUUGAUUGCCUUUUCUUCCCCCAUAACUCCUUCCCAGAGUCUUCUUUAUUCUCCCUCUUGGGUCACCAUCUGGAACUCUGUUCUCAGACUUAAAUCUGUCAUCAUCUCAGGUUCCUUGUCCCCAGCUCUGUCCCUGUGGAGCUGGAAACUGACAAAGGUGUAGUUUCCAUCAGUCAAUAAAACCUAAGAGGAAAGA